AUGACUUCUAAGUUGUUUCACAACAAUAGACUGUUAAUUAUCGCAGUGUAGUAAAACCGAGAUACUGCCGAAGCAGAAACAUCUUCUCCACGAGUCCGCGGGACCCAAAACAUCACUUCAUCGCGCAGUUCAUUUUAAAAAACGAAAUGUACAUUUAUCCAUUUGCCACCGCGUCCAUAUUCAUGAUAGAUAAACUACAUCAUUUGCAAAUGAUGGAAACAAUAAAGUAGAGCCCAUUCUCCUUCCCAGUGGUUUCUAGUUAUUUAAAUUCUCAAUCUGCAUUCCAGCACAUACAAAUCAUACACUCUUCAAAGUCCAGGGACUCCUAAUAGGCUGUGAGGAGAUCCAGAUCCUCGGCUCGGAGGUGUUUUUCUUAAUCUGAAUAUCAACGGCGUGAUUAAAGAAACGAAGGAAAAGAUAUUCACGUCUGUUUUGAAAGUUUGGAUGUAACAAGAACCUGCAGGUCACGAUUUGAUCAGGAGCAAAUGGAGUGCUCUUCUCUUCUCCUCCGGAGACCGGCUGUUCUGCUUCAGGUCCUCGUUCUAACACUGGGCAUAACAUGCACCCAGACCUCCGAGGAGGAAUUCAUUACAUGGAAGUCAUAUAAUCCCCCCACCUAUGGGAAGAAGCCUCAAUGCAUUGACAUCCCCAGUGACCUGAAGCUGUGCCACAAUGUGGGCUACAAUCAGAUGCUGCUGCCCAACUUGCUUGAACAUGAGAGUCUGGCGGAGGUCAAACAGCAGGCGGGCAGCUGGGUACCUUUGGUGCACAAGGGCUGCCAUCCUGGCACACAGGUCUUCUUGUGCUCGCUGUUCGCCCCCGUGUGCUUGGAUCACCCCAUCAUGCCCUGCCGCUGGCUUUGCGAGGCUGUUCGUGACGGCUGCACCCCCAUCAUGGAGGCGUUUGGCUUCCCCUGGCCAGAGAUGCUCUCCUGCAGCCAGUUCCCCAAAGACGAUGAAAUAUGCAUCUCCAUGGGGCAGGCCAACUCCACGAAUACCACGGUAUUUUCAGACACAAAGCCUGUCUGCCCACCAUGUGACAACAAGUUGAAAAUGGACAUCAUUCUGGAGCACAUGUGCGCUAGUGAGUUCGCCAUCAAGACUAAGGUAAAGGAAGUGAAACUGGAAAACUCAGAUCGCAAAGUCAUCCUGCAUAAGAAGAAGAAGGCACUGAAGUUGGGAAGCUUGAAUAGUAAAGAGCUGCGGAAUCUGAUGCUCUACCUGAAGAACGGGGCCGACUGCCCCUGCCAGCAGCUGGACCCCCCGACCAACAGCAACUACCUGAUCAUGGGCCGCAAAGUGGACAAGAAGUACAUUCUGACGAAUAUCCAAAAGUGGGAGAAGUCAAGCAAGGAGCUGAAGAAGGCAGUGAAGAGGCUGCAUACCCACAAGUGUCCAGCUUUCGAGACGGUCUUCAAAUGAUCAGCCAUUCUGCCAUCUUUCGAAAGAACUUGCACAACCUAAAACGUUUGUCUUCUGCUUUUUAUUUUUAAAGUAUAUAUAAUUAUAUAAAUAUUCAGAUUUUACUCUUGUAGCAGAUUGUACCUUUGCCGUGUAUUAUUGUAAGUUUGUUGGCCUUUCCUUGAUUGAUUGUAUCAUACCAUGUAACUUGCCAGAGAUGUGACCGUGUCCCACAUCCAGGGGUGAUGUGAUGGUGCUGGACGAGGCCGAGCAGCAUAACCUCCUGCCUCCAGCAUUUCCAGUCAGACCAGUGCUGGACAUCAUUGCUAACAUUAGAGCAAACUUGAUUCUAGUAUGGACUCCUCGCUUGAUGGGCACCUUUUUGUUUCCUGUCAGUGUUUCUUAGCUGUCAGUUCUUUAUGUAUUAACAAUACUUCCAAAAGGUUUGAAGUUAUACAGAUAGUAUUCUUGCUGUCUAGCAGCAGGCUGUUUAAUUAAUGAGUUGAAAAGGAGCAACUCUGUGUCUCCUCUUUUGCGGUUUGUCUAGACAUUAGCUCUGGAGGGAUUUGUUAGACUUGCUUGGUUUGUUUUCAGCCACAUCUGUUGCCUUAGCUGGGCCUUGGGAAGGGUGUCAUUGGCAGAAAAUGUUUUUUAUUGUCAUUGUUUUUCACUUGUGCCGUCCUUAAGUGACAUCAGGAUUACAUGAAUCAUGUGACAUGAGACACUAUUCACACAAUAGACGACUAUAUAUAACAGUAUAGGAGUACAGCCUGGCUAGCGGAUGUAUUACCGUUUUAAUACAUGCUUCACUUACACUUAUUCAUUCCUAUUGUUUUCGUUUCUUUUCUGUGAUUCACUGUAACUUGAUUUUCUCGCUUAAGGGGCUUGAUGCAUAAAAUUAGUGCUGCACUACGAUUUUAUUUGAAUCUUCUGGAGGGGUUUGCUUUCAUUUUUUUUUUCUGCCUGUCUGUUUGUGUUUUUCAUGUUUGUUAUAAAGUACCUGCCAAUACUGUGAAACACUGUUAAAACUUUGUUUCUCCCCCCCCCCCCCCCCGAAAACUGAUUGUUUAUUGCCAAAUUUUUAUUCCAGUUGUUUCCAAAAAGUCAUUAUCCUGUUGUAAAUAGUGACUUGGCAGGAAUGUUGUUUUUUCGCUUAUGCAUGAAAUGGUUUGACAUUGUCGGUGUGAUCAUUAAGCAAAAACAAACUAGUUAACCAAAGGUAACCAGGAAAAAAAAAAACUUGUGUUAUCCUCAGGAUCAGCCACACUUAUGGCUCUGCUGGGAAUUGCGACUAUGGGCGACUAGCAGUUUCAGGAGAAAUUGAUGCCUCACAAGUUUAUAACACAGUUCUGGGAACUCUGUGGUGAUGCCCUGGGGAAUGGAAAGGUCCACCCAAGUUAAGAAUGCUGUGCCUUCAUCCAGUAGUUCCUGAGGUCAGGGUAGCACUGAAUCGCAUAUCUUUCCUACCAUCUUCAACCAAGAAAAGCUGCCAGGUGAUCUUUCACAUCAGCAGCCUGUGACCAUGAGGAGUUAAUUGGUGAUGGGGUUAAUGUCAGUGACCUCACAGUCUGCCUCUGUGCCUGCAGUGGGUUUAAUGGAAAGACUGUAAAGGCUUUCAGAGUGGCAGUCACACACAGGCUUUUACAGUGGUUAAAGGUUUUGUAAAACCCUGGAAAAAAAUCACCUUUGCUCGUGAUUAAAGCCCAAACUGAAUUUAGUUGCUGACCAUUGGCUACCACAACGCACUGAAUGUUAGUGACCCCCGUCUGGUCAACUGUGGAGUGAGCAGCAUAAUCUGGUCUUAAUUUAGUUCAUAACUGAACUUUGUAAUGCAUUCCCAUUAAGAAUGUAUUGUUGAAUAGAGUCAACUGAUGGUGAUCAGGACUUUGGGGUGUAUAUGGUGGGGGCGUUCCUGUUAAACUGAGGAUACACUUUAUCUGUGUCUGCAGCAUCAUGCAAACACCCAGUGGAUCUAACCUGAAUUGCAAUGGGGCCUGUUACUGUGUUUGUUGCCGACUGUUGGAUUGUACAUGAAAAGUCUAAGAAUUAUAAAAAUGUUGAAAAUCAUGGAAUAACUGUGUGGGCCUUUCCCCAUGAAUUCAGCCUUCAAUGAGCUUAUUACAUGACACCGUGACAAAGAGCUGUGAAAAAGAAGAGUUUUUCUUUAUUCCUCAGAUUUAGCUCUUUGGGGGCUUGUUACCUGCAAUCUGCCUGAUUAUGUUCAGCUGUUAGGUACAAUAACAGCAUCAAUACCCACCACAUAUCAUUCUGUCCUUAUCUCCUAUAUCAUUUUUUGAAUGUAAAUUAAAAUAAAUAAUUCACAAAACAAAUGCUAAAA